AUGGGAACUGAUGCCAAUUUUCAACUAUUUCCCAUUGCAUUUGCUGUUGUCGAAGGAGAAAACAAUGAUAGUUGGUCUUGGUUCAUGGCUUGUAUUAGAGCUAGGGUCAUUGAUAGGGAAGGGCUUUGUGUCAUAUUUGAUAGGCAUGCUGGGAUCUUAGCAGCAAUGGAAGAAGUUGGUAGUGGUUGGGAGCAGCCUUAUGCGUACCACAAAUAUUGCACCCGACACUUAGCUUCCAAUGUGAACAACAAAUUUAAAAUUAUUGUUGUGAAGAACCUUUUUGGGAAAGCGGCCGAUGCAAGGCAGAAACAUAAGUUUGAUUACUUUAUGGGUAGAAUCGCUGGCUUGAAUGUUGAGGCUUUUCGUUACUUGAUGGAGAUUCUAUACCAUAAGUGGUCCAUCCACCAUGAUGGUGGUUUUAGAUUUGGCGUGAAAACUACUAACAUGUCAGAAGUUUUUAACGGGGUCUUGAAAGGGGCUCGAUGUCUACCGAUAACCGCCUUAGUACAAAUGACCUUCCAUCGAGUUAACUCCUACUUCGAAACUAGACGUAGUAGGGGUAAAAAGAGGCUUGAUGAUGGCCAUGAGUUUUCUGAGAAGGCAACAAAGACAAUAGAGGCCAACAUGGAGAAAGCUAUGUAUCAUCGGGUUGAAGGUUAUGAUUUUGACGUAGGGUUGUAUCAAGUUGCUACUGGUCGUGGGAGUAGAAAGGCGGGUAAAGGAGGGAAAACUCAUACUGUGAAUUUGUUUUGGAAGACCUGUACUUGUGAAAAGUUGAAAAUAUACAAGUUUCCAUGCUCUCAUGUACUAGCAGUUUAUCGACAACGAAGCCUUUCACAUUUUGAGUUUGUUGACUCUUCUUUCAAGACAACCGAAUAUAGACUUUCAUACUCGAAAUGUUUCUUUCCUGUUCCUGAUCCUUGUCAUUGGACCCCAUAUAAUGGACCAAUAGUUUUAGCUAAUCCGGAUCUAAAAAGAGGCCCAGGUCGAAGUUCAACUAGAAUUCGCAAUGAAAUGGAUGAGCGUCCCUAUAUUGUCAAGAAGGCAUGUAGUGUUUGUCGACGACAAGGACAUAACAAAAAGACAUGUCCCACAGUUACUAGUAGUGUUGGAUCAUCUGGGUAA